CGGGAGUUCAAACUGUGCGCAGGCACUUAGCUGUUCGAGGAAGGCAAAAAAAACAAGAAAUGUUCUGGCGACUUUGUGCCGUAGUUUUGGCUUUUUCUUUCUCAGGUGGCCAAUCUACAAGCAAUUGUUAUUACCAUCAGUCAUCAUCCCACACUAAUAAUCAUUGUAAUGAGACCAUUCCUUGUUCGAGGAAAAAUGCCCCUGGCCAUUGCUUUGCACUAUGGCAAAAUAGCUCAAAAGGGAUAGUAAUCUUGAAUAAGGGUUGCUGGUUAAAAAAUCCCAGAGAAUGUCGCAGUGAUAGUAAGUGUGUUGGUACUCUUCGACAAAAGGAUCGCAAACAGUAUUAUUUUUGCUGUUGCACUGGCGACUACUGCAAUGGGAACAUUUCCAUAGGCCACAAAAGUAAACAAAUUGGUUUACAUACUAAAGAGCCACCUGGAAUUGUUCAAACAUCUCCUUCAUCUUCCAUUGGAGUGUCAACAACAGAUGAAAAUAGUGGAAACAAUGACAACCUAAAAACCUUACUCUACUCCAUUGUUCCCAUCUUUGGCUUAGCUUUGGUGUUAGCUUGCUGUUUGUUUAUGUACCAUCACCAAAAACAGACAAGAUUCAUUCCAGGGUUGACUGAAGAAGAAACACUGAAUUUACAUCAACCACCAUCCCCAGUCCUUAGCUCCAGACCAAUUCAAAAAUUGGAAGUGAUUUCACAAAGUCAAGGUGGCAUUAUUGUGUGGAAAGCAAAGAGUUAUCUUGAGACAGUAGCAGUAAAAGUAUUUCCAGAACAUGAGAAGGGAGCAUGGAUAAAUGAAAAUGACUGCUAUACUCUUUGUAACUUAAGCCAUGAAAACAUCCUUCGUUUUAUAGCUGUAGAAAAACAUACUGAGGGAAUAUAUACAGAGUAUUGGCUUAUCACAGAGUUCCACAUGUAUGGCUCAUUAUCAGACUAUUUAAAACAGCAUAUUUUGAGUUGGGCUGACUUGUGUCAGCUAGCAAAGACACUUGCAUGUGGGCUGGCAUAUAUACAUUCUGAGGUCAAGUCUGCUAACUUCUACAAGCCUUGUAUAGCACAUAGAGACGUGAAAACCAAAAAUAUAUUAGUUAAAAGCGAUUUAUCAUGCUGUAUUGCUGACUUUGGGCUUGCUUUAAAGUUUGAUGAGAUUGAAAGUCCAGGAGAAAUGCAUGGGCAGGUUGGAACCAAGCGUUACAUGGCCCCAGAAGUCCUAGAAGGUGCCAUUUUAUUUACAAAGGAGUCAUUUCUCCGAAUAGACACAUAUGCUUUAGGGCUUGUUUUGUGGGAACUUGCAACUAGGUGUUCAGUAGUUGAUGGGUCAGUAGAAGACUACAGACUUCCAUUUGAAGAAGAAGUAGGGCUACAUCCCUCRCUAGAAGAUAUGCAACAAGUCGUUGUCCAGCAAAGAAUGCGUCCUUGUAUUAGAGAAGASUGGAGAAAACAUACUGGGAUGGCAUCCUUAGCACAAACCAUUGAAGAAUGCUGGGAUCAAGAUGGAGAAGCAAGGCUAACGGCACAAUGUGUAGAGCAACGAAUAUGUCAUUUUGCUGGCUACAAUAAUAGCAACAGUCAAAGUGGGACAGACCAGGUACCAUCAGUAACUUUCAACUACACAUCAAACAGUUCUCAUAAUGAAUCAAGCAUCUGAAUGACUGCAAACUAUUUAGUUUGCAGAAUAUUAUUGAGAAAGUUUUAAAUGAUGUGUUUGUGAGAUUUGUAAUAUAUAAACUUAUCAUACCCCACCAAAAMACAAAAAUGACCAUGUACUAGCCCACCUGCAGUCAAAACAACUGUUGUGUAUGCUGUAUGCAGGAUACCAUGUACUUUAUUCAGUAACCUAAUAAUUAUACAAGGGAAAUUAAGAACAAAAGUGAUAGCCCAGCAGUUGGUACUAAAAUCAUUUUCUGGGACUUUAGGUUCCAGAAUUUUAAUUAAGCUUAAGUGAUCCAUCAAAAUGUGUUAAAGAAAUAACACAGUUUAUCCAACAAAUUUAAAGGUUUUUUACCUUUAUAUGAUAGAAACAGUCGUAUGUAAAUAUGGUCCUAGGUACUAUAGAAGAGUGAUAAAUCAUAUGCACUUGGAUUGUCUUAGCAGAAACCAUGUUGGGAUGCUUGUGUGACGAAUAUGUGUGCGAUUUUAUCGACUAAGCUUAUAAGUUACUAGUUAUUUUAGCAGUGAGCUUAUAAUUAAGUUAUUUAAAUUGUAAACAAUAAUUUGUUCUUACCUCAGAGUGAAUUUCCUGAUAUUGUGUCAUAAAUUCCCUUGUUUUCAACCCUUUUUGGGUUGAUGAGAAGCCAGGAAAAAUAUAUAUGGCGUCGGAACUAGUCGGAGAAAGUACGCUCAAAAAAGCUGUAUAGUCAUUACCAUUCUAUCACAUGUUUUUAGCACACAGGCAUCCCAAAAUCCCACAUAAAAUGUAUCUAUGUCAAAGGUGUUUAUUAUUGUAUUAUCUGGUUUUCUUGAUAUCCUAUUUAAUUGGUACAGUAUAUUUGACGUUGAUCG